AUGAGGACCUUAGUUGAGGCUGCAGUUGCGACGAGAGCCGAUGACAGCCACUACUACUGGCCUCCUGUCUGCUCGCGACGUGGCUGUGAGCGCAGCGCUUUUUUGGGAGUGUUUUUUACUCGCCUUCCGCCGCUGUGCGCUGCUUGGUAUGCGGACGAGGAACUGGCCGAUUUGUCGCCGGUGUCAUCGAAGAACGACUGCGAUGGCCGCUGUUGCUACGUUGUAAACGAUUAUGACGACGCUGGCAAUAGAAAUUUGCCUUCUUUGUCUGCGUCCCCGUUUUCGUUGUCGCCAUCCUCACCGUCUUCUCGUUCGUCUUCGACCAAAAGACCAUUCGUCACCGGGUCAGCGACGCCAGGCUCUAUGUCUCUGAGUUCAUUCGUCGUACCGACUACACACAAGUCUCUGCCGCGAUGCAGGGAUUCUCCGGCAGUCGCUUCCUACUGUGGAGGAGUACCUCAGCAGCCUUACCUCAUCGCUCGGCACCCAUCGAUGUGCUGCGAUGACAGUGUCGUGUUCAUGGUUAACAACCAUCGUGGCCAGACUUCGUCAAAUGACUCAGCAUCAACCGCAUCUGAUUAUGUUUAUGAACUGUCAGACGACUUCCGCCAGAAGCAGGUCGAGGCGUUGGAACGCCGCUACGGAGGCCGCUUGGUCGCACGUCGGGCAGCGAUCACGAUUCAGCGUGCCUACCGUCGCUACUCGAUGGCCCGCAAGUUCGCCAACCUCCGUCAAAAGAGAGGAACCGGACGUGUUGUGCACUUCUUCACUGACAGCGGUUUGCCCUCGCCAUCACUAGAUCAACGAAACAUGAGCUUCAAAGAAAAGGCUGGUUAUCAGCUGACCGAAUGUGGUGGAAAUUUCAGGCCAUCGGGUUCCGCUGCCGUUGUUAUAAAUCGUGGCGAAGCCGUGCGAAUACGCAACCAGCCGUUGCCAUCGUCGUCUUCGUCCGUCUCUGAUACAGGUACUGACCAUGUGGAUCGAGGUCGUGGUCCGUGCAACCAGCCGAGUGCUGCUGACUCGCCCACGUCAACUGGUCCCGGAAAAAGCACGCAAUUCGCACUGUCGUCAUCCAACUACAAGAUUUUAUCCAAUCAGCGGGAGGUGUUCCUACGUGACGGCGGUGACAGUUUUAGAAAUAAAUGCCAGUGCGACGCCUUGGACUUGGGCGAACAUCCGUUGGAGCCGUCCCCACAGCAUUUCUAUUGCUCCCUGGCUACCUAUGACAACCUUACGACUUUCCGUGGCCCCUGGCACAAAGAAGAGCCAACCGGCACCCAUUGGAUACCGCGGAGCGAUGCCUCAUCGUCUGUUCCGGUCACUCCUCCAACAGCGGCUGCCUGUGCUCCACCUUUGGUCACGUCGGCCGGCAGUUCGGAUGGUACUAUGCACAAAAUCAUGCCGUCUGUGUUUCCAGUAUGGAUCCCGCGGAUGCAGGUCGUUCGCAACGGUGCAGCGUCCAAUAUCGUUGUACCCGUGAAAAAUUUUCCCUACUCUUCCGAUUUCGCCGCUCAGUCGCUGUCGUCGCCCUCUUCGUCUUUUACGUCACCGCCACCCCCUCCUUCAUUGCGACAGGUGCACAAGAAUGAAGGAAUCACUUCCUGCCACGACACCGUCCCUAUAGUUGUACCUUCGACCUCUGCCAGAAGUCAGGAACAAAACGAGAUGAUCCGAAAACGGAUGUAUCGCAUUGCACUCAACUUUUUCAACAAAAAGCCGGAGCGCGGCAUCCAACUGUUGGUUCAGUACGGAUUUGUUGACGGUACCCCGGCAGCAGUAGCCAAAUUCCUUCUCGUUCGCAAAGGACUCAGUCGACAGAUGAUUGGCGAAUUGUUGGGCAACUUGCAGAACUCGUUUUGUAUGGCCGUUCUUGACUACUUUGUCAGUGAAAUUGACAUGCAUGAUUUGGAGAUCGAUGUGGCAUUGCGACUGUUCCAAUCACACUUCCGUUUGCCUGGUGAGGCGCAGAAGAUUGAACGCAUCAUGGAA